AUGAGUAGAGGUAACCAGAGAGAGCUCGCUAGAAAGAGGAACGCCAAAAAGGACGCCUCAACUAACAAGGACAAGAAGAAAGGUGGAGAUCCAAAGAAAAGGAUGGAGAAUGAUGCCUCUAUUUUGAGAGCCAAGCAAAAGGCCGCCGAUGAGAGAAAGGCCCAAGAGACUGCCGACAAAGCCAAAUCUAGAAAGUGA